UGAAAUGUCAGUUCUUGGUGGGUUUCUUUUGUUGGUCACCUUCAACAUUCACUUUGAAUUUUUAAGACUUUGAAAGAAAUACCUUUCAUAGAAUAAGAGAGUGAACUGGCUGUUAGGUUUAUUGCACAGUUAGCUGUUAUGCUAAGUCGGCUCGCUUUAAAAUCUUCAUUCUAUGCAAUUAAAGGAGCUGAGCCUCGAUGAGUAUCCGAGCGCUGUGGGUUAUCACCCACGAAAAGGGUGAAUCUGUAAAACUGCAAUUUUCCAGGCGGUACCCCACAGUGGAGUUUCGUGCUAAAACCUUUGCUGGAGCUCACUAUGUGUCUGUUCCUGAGGAUUGUGACAUAGCCCAGCUCUUACUGACUGAACUGGGCCUGGCAGACCCUGACAAGCCUUACAUUGUUGCAAGGGAUGACUGUUCCCGCGAGCAGCGAUCUCCUGCACUGGAGCUUCGUGUUGGUAGCUCAGGUGGGAGAACCGUAUGGCCAGUCCUAACCAUCGUCCAGGGUGGACUAAUCCUUGCCUGUCUCCCACUGAUCGAAGUCCCACCUGAUCCUCGACCUCCCCUUCCCAGCCUGGCUUCCAUCUCUCAGGGCUUAUCCCUGUUAUCUAGCCUACAGGGCUUCCUUUGUGGCACAGGGGGUAAAGCCCCAGAGCCGGAUGUGCUUGUCUCUCGCUUGGCAACCCUUCCUUCAGUACUGAUGCAGGUUUGUCCAUUAGGGACCCCCCUGGACACUCUUCCUCAGUCUGGGAUGCUGCCUGCAGCUUUGGCUCCAGGCCCUGGUGGUGCUCAGAAACAGCCUGCGUGGAAAACAGGGGUUCAUAGAGGGAGAGCAGUGGUAAGCGUGGCCCUCACAGAGAUGGUGAGGUCCAUGCAGUAUGGAAACCAGAGCAAACAGGAUCUGUGGGAUGUGCAUGGGACAGUAACAUGCAAAUGUGAAGUGGAGGGUGUUCUGCCCAAUGUCACGGUCACCCUCACGCUGCCGCCCAAUGGCUCACCACUGCAGGAUAUCCUAGUGCACCCCUGCGUGACGUCGCUAGAUUCCAGUAUUCUUACAGCUAGUAGUGUGGAGGACAACGAUGGCUCGGCCUUUUCAGGGCCAUACAAAUUUCCUUUCUCUCCACCUUUGGAGCCUUUCCGACUCUGUAGUUAUACCUCCCAGGUACCUGUGCCGCCUAUUCUUGGUUCCUACCAUCUGAAGUCGGACAACAACCAACUCAAGCUCAACGUAGUCCUCAAACUCCACGAGAGUAUCAGAAACAGCUUUGAAUACUGUGAAGCACAUCUGCCAUUUUUCAACAGAAACCUAAUGGGCAACGUGGAUAUAAAAGUGACCUCAGGACAGUUAGAAGUUUCUAAAGAGAAGAAUCUGAUCGUUUGGUUUCUUGGUCAGAAAUUUCCAAAGUCACGAGAGGUAACUCUUGAAGGUACGAUUCAUUUCUCAGGGCAUCUUGCUGGACCAUCAGACCCUAUGUGUACAGAUAUCACUGCAUAUAUGAAACUUUACUUCCGAGUUCCUGAUUUGACUUUAUCUGGAUGCUGUGUGGACCAACACUCUGUACAAGUGUAUUCCUCAACAAAGCCACGUAUCAUCACAACACGAGAACUGUUGUCCUCUGAAUACUACAUCUGGAACUCCACUGGAGAUACCCCUGUGUCUUCUGGACCUGUGAUACUGUAGCAAAAUGAUUAAGUACAGCACAGAGACCUUAAUAGCUGAUAAAACACCAUGCUUGAUCUUUUAAAUGAAUUAACUCUGGACAAAUGAGUGACUUUAUGUCACUAAAUAGACUGUGGCUGAAGAGGUAAAGCUACUUUUGAUAUGAACUCUAAGCGUAAGAGAUGUGCAGUAGGCUGGGUAGCGUCGACCUACUCAAGGAGAGCCAACCUUCUGCAGGUAUUUGUUCCAAUUUAAUCCAAAUCGACAUGCCAACCCUCUGUAUUUGUCACAUUAGCUGCCUUCAUUGUUUAAAGAUUAAGUCAAUUGGUAAGUUUUUUUCAGAGAGUAAAAAUUGUGCAAUAAAUCAAAAGUUUAAAUAAGGCACUGACUGAAGUAAAAUAUAAACUUUUUACACAGUUCUUGGGAGGUUUUUUUUUGUGUCUUUUUUUAUUUGCAUAUUGAUGUGUUUCUUUAAAUUCAAUUAAUUGCUCCUUAAUUUUGCUUUGUCCCAGUUAGCUUUUGGACAGAGUCUGUAAGGGGACUCCUUGAGGGUCUCUGCCACCCCCCACACAAACACACAAUGAGGCUUAGACCUUGUCUGGGUUUACUGGUGCUGAAAUGAGACUGACUGUCUGACAGAAAGACUGGGAACUGAGAUAGAAGACUAAAGUGGUCUUCAGCAAGGGAGUUAAUUACUCCACAGUGGCCCACUCCAGCUUGUCUCUGCCUCUAUUUCCUCUACAAGAAAAAGUCCUUAACAGAGCCUUCAUAUAAUAAUUAAUCAGUGUCCAACAUGCAAGCUUAUAAACCUACUAUUUCUGGUCAUGAAUGAUGACCAGAAAUAUAAUAUUCCUAUUUACUUUACUGUUACAGCUACAUUCCUGCUGGUUGCCCUUAUACUGAGGUCUCAGUCUGCUUGGUUUUGAGGUAAUAAUAAUAACAACAAUAUACAAUAAAUAUAUUGUACCAUGGGCCACUGCAGUUUAUAACACACUUCAGUUCAAUUUUAUUUUAUACUGUAGCACUUUUAGCAAUCCACGAAGCAGCUUUACAGAAAUUUGGAUGUAGGUUUAGAUAUCUAAUGAGCAAGCCAGAGAUGACGGUAGCAAAGAGGACAUGGGGAAGAAUCCUUGAGACGAACAAAUCUGUUGACAAAGAUGAGAUUAUAGAUUGAGGGAGCAAGGGAGAGUCUUUGGCUUAAAGGCUGCACUUUACUGACCGCCUUUUUCUUGUUUAACAUGGCAUUUUGAUGCACUAGUACUCCGUUUUAUUCUUGCUUCCUUUCUUCAGAACACAGAAGUUCACCUCCAUAACUGUUCAGAUUACAGUAUUCAGUAAACCGAACUGUCUUUCUAAUCUGAGUCUUGCACAUUUCCCCCCUCAACGGUUUUAACUGUUUAGUAUAUAAUUACAUCAGAAAUAUUUAUAUAACAGUUUGCUUAAGGGUGCAUUUCCCCCAUUUUCCUCGAUUUUUAUGCCUGUGCCACUAAAUGGUAGAGGCAUUAGGUUUUCCGUUCCUGUCUGUCCAAGAUUCUUGUUAACAUGAUAUCUCAAGAACGUGCGGUUAAAUGUUUGAAGGAUUUACCGUCCCCUCUGAAAGUAUUGGAACAGCAGGGCCAAUUCUGCAGUUAUUAUUGCAAGGGAUAUACAAUCGAAUAUUAAGUGUUAUUUACUUUAGUUUAAAACUAUCUGUUCCUAUACUUUUGCUUACUUAAAAAUUGAGUGGUCUGCCACCAAAGGUGCCACGUUUUGUGUUUAACACAUCUAGAUGUAAACAUGAGAAAAUGAAAGCUGAAAAUCUCAUCUAUUUGUUCAUGUUCAUCUUUUGAUCUCAAACCUAAAUGUCUUCCAUGUAUAGUGCAAACAAUAGAAUUGGCCUUGCUGUCCCAGUUCUUUCAGAGAUAUCGUUGUAAUCAGUAGCUGAACUGAUUAGAUUUUGGAAUUGAUCCAAACAGGGUCAAGGUCACAGUGAGGUCAUCCAUCCAUCCAUCCAUCUUCUAUACCGCUUAACCUUUUCAGGGUCACAGGGAACCUGGAGCCUAUCCCGGGGAGCAUUGGGCACAAGGCGGGGUACACCCUGGACAGGGUGCCAAUCCAUCGCAGGGCAACACUCACAUACACAUUCACACACCCAUUCAUACACUACGGACACUUUGGACAUGCCAAUCAGCCUACCAUGCAUGUCUUUGGACUGGGGGAGGAAACCGGAGUACCCGGAGGAAACCCCCACAGCACGGGGAGAACAUGCAAACUCCGCACACACAGAGCCACGGUGGGAAUCGAACCCCCGACCCUGGAGGUGUGAGGCGAACGUGCUAACCAAUAAGCCACUGUGCAACAGUAAGGUCAAAUGUAUGAAAUAGCUUUUCUUCAAUAGCUUUCUUCCUGCUUGAAAAAGAAAAAUAUAUUUUAAGCAUAUCGCUGGCAUACAGAUUAGUAACAAGAAGAACUAGACUUGUUGGCAGUGGUGGCAUCCCCAUCAAUACUGUUGGAAUUGAGUUCUACAGGAUAAUUAUAUUUUCCCUCAUUCUUUGUUUAUGAUAUCGAUCACUUUGUGAAUAAUCUUACC